AGACAUUGACGAGUGCCGAUCAAGUCCAGAUGUGUGUGGCGGACACCAAUGCAUCAACACCUACGGUGGCUAUUACUGUUCUUGCAGCCCGGGAUACGAGCUGGUCGGAAACCAGUGCCAAGACAUAAACGAAUGCAAUGGAGGCGUCAAGCGCUGUCAGGAACACGAGCUCUGUGUGAAUCUGCCUGGUUCCUUCCGGUGUCAACCCGUUUGUCCAAAGGGUUACAGGCUGGCCGGUGAAUUGGCCGGCAGUGUACCCAACUGCGUAGACAUUAACGAAUGCCAAGUUCCUGAAGGCGCAAAAAGUGCCUGUCCGGAGGGAGCUACCUGCAUCAAUGUACCCGGCUCUUUCCGAUGUCAAUGUGCGGAGGGUCGUCCGCCAGUGGGUAACACCUGUCAAGUUUGGUUUUUUAUUACGGAUUUGCUGACAUGCUGGCCAUCAGAUGUUAUCAACGCUGUUCAUAAUUUUAGUUCAAGCACAACAAGCGUGUCCAACUGGUUUCCGCUGGAGCGUUCAGGCAGGUCGAUGCGUAGUCCUAGCGUGCUUUUAUUCGGCACUGUCCAAGUCAGCGGUUGUUAUCGGAUAAAAGUUAUUGUGCAUGAGCACUACUGUCUCAGCACUUUUUCUGCUGCUCUGAGUAAAAAGCGGAAUCACUGCCUUGCAGAUAUCGACGAGUGUAAUCAACCGAAUGAGCGCAGUCCCUGCCAGUACCAGUGUCACAACACCGUUGGCGGCUACCGCUGCUCCUGUCCACCCGGAUACGAGCUGAACCCUUUAAGCAAUCUGUGCGCAGAUAUUAAUGAAUGCAAAACAUCCGCACACAACUGUUCCCGGGGACAACUCUGUGUCAACACGCCAGGAAGUCAUGUAUGCCUUGAACCAUCCUGUCCAAAGAACUACCAGUUUGACGCCGAAUCAAAGUCCUGUCGAAUCACCUGUGCGGAGAGUAAUCUGCCCUGCCCCCAGGGUGCUCGAUUUGCCGACUCCGUACAGUAUCUCUCCACUCAACAGGCCAACUGUCACUUCCAGCUGCUGGACAAGGCACCCGACACCCCGGUGCAGCAUCGUUCCGAGAACGGCGUAGUCUAUCUGACGCCCGAUUGGCACAGUCCUGACCUACAGACCAAGCCGGGUGAGCAGCAGUACAUCAACGCGGUGGUGGACCAGGCGCGAACCCAGGCACUCACAAACAAACUCUUCUAUCUCUUCUUCCGAGUCUCCUGCUUCUCUGGCCGUUCCGCGCCCACGGGUCGUCAGGAAUUCGAUGUCUACCCCGUGGGAGAGCAGAAGUUGGACACUAACUCGAAGCUCAUCUUCCAGCACUCCUUCUAUGUCUAUAUCUCUGUUUCAAAGUAUCCCUUCUAG